GAGAUUUGUUCUUUGUGGACACAAUGUGUGGAUCAAUGUAGAGUAGAAUGGUAAAUAUCGCAGUCCCACCAGUUUUAAACUUUUCUACGGUGAUAGUGUUUUGUCCUCUUCUUUGUGGACACAGUGAGUGGUUCAGUUAAGUGCAUGAGUGCAUGGCUACUAAUUACAAAGUUAAAUGUUACAGUCUUCCAUCCCCACCUUAUCAAGACUUAUCAACACUACCAAUUUCUGUACUGGAAUAGUUAUUUUCCCUGGAGAAAUUGGUCACAAACAGCACUUUAAUCACAAUAACAGCCGCAGUUAGACCUCAUAUUCUAACUAUGGCUGUUGAAGCAGUGGUGUCUGUGAUUAUCCAGAAAGUCAUAGACCUCCUGCGUCAGGAAUCCAUUAAUUUUGAUAAAGUCGUUGACCAAGUUGAAGACAUUAGAAUAGAGCUUAGGAAGAUGAGAGGAUUCCUAACAGAUGCGGAGGAGCGUCAAGAAAAUGAUGCGGAGGAGCGUCAAGAAAAUGAAGCCAAGAAGUGGGCUGGAAAAUAUCUAGAAACAGUAUAUAAUGUGGAGGACAUAGUUGAAUCUUAUGUCAGAAUAGUACACAAGAAGAAGAAGAAGAAGAAGAGUAGCUUGUUCCAGAAUUAUGGAUUCUAUUUCCAUGACUUGACAGCCUGCCAGAAGCUUCGCAAGAGAAUGAAGCAAGAAAAGGAGAAUGUAAAAAAGCUAAAGGAGGAAAGGCCGGGUUGCGUUGAAGAUGCAAGCUUGAGAGGCAUAUCUUUUGGGGAAGAGCAGAAGCAGCUUGUACUAGACAUCACCUCUGAGCAAAAUUUGGAUAACCUCAGUGAUAACAAGUUAAAGAGGAUGCUCAGUGGUUUAUAUGAAGAUGAUUCGAAUUUUGUUGGCUUCAAGGAUGACGAGAAAUCACUGCUGAAGUGGUUAACUGAUAUGGAUUGUAAAAUAAUUGUGGUUGUUGGUCCUUUGGGCUCGGGGAAGACUACCCUGGUAAAAAGGAUUUACAAUCACAAGUCAAUCAAAGAGCAGUUUGCAUGUCACGCUUGGCUCAAUGUCUCUGAGGAAAGAGAUUUUAAAGAUGUACUGCUUAAAGUAUGCAAUCAGGUCAACAAAAAGAGGGAUAAUGAGCUUGCAGUUGUUGAAGAAGGAAAGCUAAAAGAAAGGUUAUGUGUUUUGUUGCAAGCUAAGGGAAGAAGUAAAUCCAAGGGUGUAGAGUGGUGGUCAUUACUCGUGAAAACUGAAAAGGAGUCAUGGGAGGGAGAUGCUCAGCUUCUAGAACUGCAACAACUGAGUGACAAUGACAGUUGGGAGUUGUUCUUGAAGAGCUUACGCAAGGAGGAGGGCAGCAGUGUCAUCUCUCGCAACACUUCUCUAAGGAAUCAAAUUCUGGAGAAAUGUCAAGGUUUACCCCUCAAUAUUGUGCUCCUUGGGGGUUUCUUAUCUACCAAGAAGAUGGUAAUUGCAGAGUGGACCCGACUAUUCAGAAACUGGGGUAGCACGGAUAUCUCGUUAUUGGGCUACGCUGAUCUACCCGCACACGAUAAGCUCUGCUUGCUCUACCUGACACUUUUUCCAAAAGAAUUUGACUUAAUUGUCAGUAAGAAGAAUACUUCGGCUAUGGCUAGCAGAGGGAUUUCUACGACGCCCACCAAGAUUGGGGGAAGACUUGGGGAAAUCAGCCUUUUUCAUAUCCAUGACAUGUCCAAUAACAAUCCCACAAUUCCUUGGGUUCGUAGAUUUGUAGAGUAUACUGACAUCAAGGAUUACAAUUCUGAAUCUGGUUUUCAGAACUUGCGAUCUUACUUGUCAUUCAACUUUCAAAGAUAUGACACCCCAGCUAGAGGAGUAGAGAACUUCUUACGCCGAAUCAUUGGAACUGGCAGUAAAGGUUUUGGACUGCUAAGGGUGCUUGAUCUGGAGGGGGUAUAUAAGCCAAUAUUGCCUACAACACUGAAGCAUCUAUUUCAAUUGAGAUACUUAGGUCUUCGAUGGACAUUUCUAGAUAGUCUUCCUGAAUCUGUGGGUGAUCUUCCCUACCUUGAAACACUAGACCUGAAGCGCACGUAUAUCAACACUUUGCCAACUUCUGUUUGGAAACUGAAGCAUCUCCGACAUCUUAAUCUUCCUCAGGUUCGUAUGCAGCACCCUAAUUCACAACUUCUGACACUUUGGGGAUUGCUUAUUGAUGAUGGGUACAAUAUGGAGAAUGAACUGGAGCAAUUAGUUGAUCUACGAGAGUUAGCUGCUGGAAUGGAUUACAAGCUUAACUCAUCUUCAAUCAUUAAGCUUGACAUCAAAGGACAAAAUGGGUCGCCCUUCCAGCCUUGGUUUGAACCCCUUGCCAGAAUUGAGCAACCUUACUCACUUAAAAUUGUUCGGACAGCUGAGCCGUCUACUCAAAAAGGACGAGUUUCACCAUAUAUAAGAGUCCUCACAUUGUCCAUCUCAAACCUACAGGAAGACCCAAUGGAGAUUUUAUCACAGCUUCAAUGCUUAUCAGUCCUCAGGCUCCUGGCUCAAUCCUAUACUGGACAGAAAAUGCACUGCCCCGAAAAUGGCUUUAGUAAUCUUCGUGUAUUAAAGCUGUGGAUGCUGAAUAAACUGGAGGAAUGGGUAGUGGACCAAGGAGGAAUGCCUAAAAUCAAAGAGUUAAACAUCAGAUGUUGCCAGAAGUUGAAAGAGCUUCCCGGUGAAUUGCAGAAACGAACCACCUUCAAGGAACUGAUUCUGACUAACAUGCCAGAGGAAUUUGAGAAAAAUGUGCGCGAGAAAAUAUCCGAGCAUACUAACAUCCAAACCAACAAAUAUGUGUUUACUCCUUUACCGUGGGAAAAAGAACCUGAAUUGUGGCAAAUAUAACCGGAUUAUGGCAAUAAUCUACAGAAGCAGACUGCCCAAGAGCACUACAUCAAUUCAGGAAUUUCAUAAUUCAUACUAGAAGAGUAACUCAUAUCUCCAGGUUGGGGUAAGUACCUAUUGCUCCAUGCUGCGCUAUAAGCCGAACUGACACAAGCAGUUAUGUACUGAAGCUUCGUACUCAUUAGCGCAGUUCUUAGUCAUUUUCCUUUUCCUUUUUUCUUUUUUCUUCAUCCUUUUUUCUUGAGAAAGGUGGAUCAGCAACUCAGAAGUCAGAUCAUCAGUGCAGUUAUUUUCGUCAGAAAGACUCCGAAUUUAUGCAAUUUGAUCAGAUUUUAGUGAUAUUACUGGGUGCUCUUGAAGGUAGUUAUUUGCAUUAAAGAGCAAAAUAGUGAUUUCUCAGACAAUAAUGUUGUUAUACAUUUUUCCUUUUUUAUUGCAUUACAUUCUAUCUGUUUUUCAA